CGGCGCCCAUGGACCUGAGCGAGGCGGGCAGCCGGCGCCGCGCCGCCGACGCGCGCGAAGACGCCGGACCGGCGCCCAAGUCGCGCCGUGCCGCGCCGCUCGUGCUCACCCCGGAGCAGCUGAACCGCCAGUUCCACGCGCCGCCCGCCGACGCCUCGGCCAUGAAGGAGUACGCCGAGAGCACCAUGAAGGAGCUGUUCAGCAUCUACGGCCUCAACAGCCCCGACGUGGCCGAGGCCAUCACCGAGCACGUGCCCAUCGCCAACUUCUCCUCCGGAAAGAUCCUGGAAAGCCUGUCGACGAGGCACCUGGCAGGCGCGCACCUCCAGGGCGGCUCCCACCCCCCGAGCCCCCCCUCGCAGCCGCCGACCCCCCCUCGAACGCCCCACUCCCCCGCCGGCAAGUCCUCCGGUAGUCCCGGCGCCGGCCAGCAGAUGGCAGCGCAGGGCGGCGCCGGCGUCUCCUACCAGAUGUCGUACCACGCGCACGGCCACGUCCAACAUGGCGACUCCCAGGCAGCUGCUAUCUACGAGAGCAUACGCCACAAGAUGGCCGACAGCAUGGUCAAAUUGGCCGGCUUGCCGCCGAACUCUCUUUUGGGAAACCCACGGGCGAUGCUGCCACAGAGCAUGGCCACGAUGCUGACCCUGGCUGCGCUGCAGGAACAGACUAAGGGCUUGCCUCAGUCUGCGCCGGGACCCGCCGACAAGCCCCCUGUAAAUCUGCUGGCAGGCCACAGAUUGUCCCCCCUGAGCCCUAUCCGAGAAGGUAGCGGCAGUUCCAAGUCUAGCGUGCCGAUUGAUUACUCUCGCUACGUGAAGAGGUUCGGCAGUGCCCUGGAGUGUGGCAGCACGUACUGCAAGGAUCUCAACUACAGAGAACACUUUCAUUGUUUGGACUGCAACUCGAGAGUUUUCGUAAAAAAGGAAGAAAUGAUAAGGCAUUUCAAGUGGCACAAGAAGCGAGACGAAUCCUUGCAACAUGGUUUUAUGAGAUAUUCACCUAUGGAUGAUUGCUCCGACCGCUAUUAUGGCUGCACGCACAACCGCAAGCAGACGCACUACCAUUGCAUAAAAGAAGGCUGCGACAAGGUGUACAUCAGCACUUCGGACGUGCAGAUGCACGCCAACUACCACCGCAAGGACUCGGCCAUCAUCCAGGAGGGCUUCCAGAGGUUCCGCGCCACCGAGGAGUGCCGGGCCGCCUACUGCUCCUUCUUCGGCCAGCGCACCACGCACUUCCACUGCCGCCGCGACAACUGCAAGUACACGUUCAAGAACAAGGCCGACAUGGAAAAACACAAAACCUACCACAUCAAGGACGAGCAGCUGAGCAGAGACGGCUUCAAGAAGUUCAUGAAGCACGAGGGCUGUCCGUUCGAGAGCUGCCGCUUCUCGCGCGUGUGCAACCACAUACACUGCAUCCGCGCGGGCUGCAACUACGUGUUGCACUCGAGCGGCCAGCUGUUCAGCCACAAGCGCAAGCACGAGCGCCAGGACUCGGAGAUGGCCUACCGCAAGUUCAAGCUGGCCCAGAGCAUGAUGCGGUCGUUCAGCGAAGGCCCGCAGCUCAGCCCGAACAUGAUCCACAACUUGAACGAGCAGUUGAGCCAACAUUCGGAUACAUCAGCCAGCUCCGUGCCGAUGUCUGUCAUCCAGCAAGGCCCCUUCUCGCUGGGAGCAACUCAGCAACAGAGCAAUGGAGACAAUUCAAGUGAUGGAGGGAAUUCACCUCCGUUGCACUCGGCACCGCCUCCCAAAUACUCGCAUUCAGUGACUAGUGACGAUGGCUUGGGGAGUGGAAGUCUACCGCCUCAGUACGGUGCCCUGUCUUCGGAUUUCUCAUCCGGAAUGGCUGUGGACUUGAGCACCGAAAUGGCAUCAAACACAUUUUCUUGGAACAGCGAAGACUUUUGGCAGAAAUACUUAGCUCGUUAUCAGGCUAACGAAAAAUGUGUCGGAGGCGGCCAAUGUGAAUACAUUUUCAAGGAACAUAUCCACUGUAUGGCAGAAGGAUGUGAUGUAAUUUUCAGGUCAAUAGAAGGGGUACGAGAACAUGCUCGAAACCACGAACAACAGGAGCAAGUUACAGAGGCCUUCUACAUUACCGAGUCUGGCCUGGAAACAUCAAACUGUCAAUGUUACGAGGAUUGCCCUUAUCAGAACAGAGAGAAACACUAUCAUUGUACUUGGGACAACUGCCGCGAGAUCAUUCUACCAUCUGACAAGCCAUUCCGAAGGUUAGACCACUACAAAAUGCACGAGUACUCUCGCAAGUUAAGCCUCACAAAAGAUCCCCUCACAAUGACUCAUCUGGCUACCUCUAUCGAUGGCAUGUUCAGAAGGAAGCGAGGAAGACCACCGAAAAACAGCGUUAUAGAGGUUUGGAAUGAUUAUUUUCCAAUGGCUCCUGGUUCUACUAUGGACUCUCCUCAAGCAAUAUUCACUAGCUUCAAGUUACCCAAGCCAUCGAUACCACCGGGAAGCAUAAGCAAUCAACUUUUCUCUCCAUCUGUUGAGUCAAGCAACAGAACCAGCACUUCACCUUCUAGUCCUGAUGAAAGUUCAAAAAGUUCUACUCCGCAUCGUUUGGAUAUUCUGCAAGAGGGGUUCUAUGCAUUCUCCGAAGGCUCCCCUUGCCCCGAUGCAUUAUGUCCGUACAACACCAGGUGUCAACAUUACCAUUGCAGCCAACCACGAUGUUUCUACGUAACUGACAGAGAAGAUAUUCUGAUCAUGCACUCCAAAGACUUUCAUGAUAAUAUAGAUAUUAUGGAAGGUUUUUUGUUCUUUGACAGAAUGGUUGACUGUCGCUUACCCAACUGUCAUAGCAAUAAAGUCAACCGACAUUUCCACUGUGUGCGUCCGGGAUGUGGCUACUCGUUUGUCCGCUACUCGACCAUGGCAUUGCACCAACAGAAACACAGAACAGAAGACAAUGAAGAAAUGAUGCCGGAAAUGGCUGUUGCUAAACGGAGCAUUUGCAGUUCUCCUCCCGUGCAAAACUUGAAAAUGCAAGAACAAGAAUGCUUGCCUGUUAACAUGAAGACAGAAACAUCAGAAGCGUCUUCAAAACCGGUUUCACCCAAUGCUGGUUCACCACCAGGACAGUUGAGACACCAGUCUGUUAUGCUCUCAGUGUCUCCAGACCCUUCAGCAAACAAAACUACAGUGGUGAAGGCUUCCGGAACUUUUUAUCCACUGUCUGCGUUUUCGUGUGGUCCAGGCCCCCAGAGCAUGGGGAAAGGGGGGGUUCCCAAGUCGUCCCGGGGCACGUCUCCCUCCCCUCCAUCCCCCACACGAAGUGAUGACACAGCGGGGGAUCUGAGGCCGAACCCAGACAUGAUAAAACUGGAGCCUGAAACAGAGGUUCAGCAAAAGCAUCAUCAGCAACAGCAACAAAUGCAACUUCAACAACAGCAACAACAGCAACAACAGCACCAACAACAACAUUCACUGAGCCACCUGUUGCAACAGCCGCCACGUGCUUCUCACGACUCGUCUUCGCGACCAGACUGGAUGAUGCUGGAACGACACAUUUGCUACGGCCGGGAGCAAUCCUGCAGCCGACCAUUCUGCAAACUGAAAAGGAAAGAGCACUAUCACUGCAAUGCAUGCAACCAGGCUUUCUCGGAGCUAGACAAGCUGAGACCUCACAUUGUAAAACACAGCAGUGGUGCUCUUAGUCCACCGACAUUUAAGAAAGAACCUGAAGACAACAACAAUGAUGAGAGCAAUGAUUCCUCAGCCAAUUUGGCUGGCUCAACUCAGUACGAACAUGCCAGCCCCAACGCGGAACUGCCGCCGUCUCUACCCCCGCCCGGAGUCCUCCACCCGUCGUUGUUCCCGCCCCACUCGUCGGCAGCAGCCAGCUUCAACGCAGCCAUGGCUGCCGCAGCAGCUGCAGGACAGCAGUUUGCCCUCAUCACCUCCCAGGGAAUCCCUUUCAUCCAGCCUGGCAUCUCGGCCAUCUACUCGUCGCCUGCCGGCUUGAUGUUCGCUGCGCCACCAACUCUGCACCCCCACCACCCACACAAUACUCAUCACCCUUCGCUGGCCAGCAACGGGCUCUUGGAUCAUCACACCUUGAUGACAGGAGAAGACAUGUCCUUGAGCAAGUGUUCCCUGUCACCGCACCACGCACCGCCAACUCUCGACAUGAGCCCCGAAGCCAAGAAGGCACGAGUGCAAAACAGUAUGAGGAUACUGAAAGAUGAGCCAGUGCCCGAAGGCUACGUACGUUUCAGGUUUAACGAGGAUUGUAAAUAUCCUCAUUGUGGGUACCGGGAACACCAAACACAUUUCCAUUGUAUGAGACCGGACUGUGGGUAUUCUUUUUGUGAUAAGACACGAUUUGUCCAGCAUACAGCUCGUCAUGAAAGACUGGACACGCUUAUGGGAGGAGAUUUCCAACAGUUUCGUGCAAAUGUAUCCUGUGGUAGACAGGAAUGUGUAUAUACAUCUACUCUUGGUGCUAUGCAGAACAAGGCUUCACAUUUCCACUGUUUGAAGUGUGACUUUGUGUGUACUGACACGAACAAAGUGGUUGCCCACCGUCGCCAGCACCAGAAAUUAGAUUCGAUCAUGGCAGCCGGGUUCGAGAAGUUCACGCCGUCCCAGCCCUGCAACCAAGAGUCGUGCGCCCACUCGGGGAAACAGACACAUUACCACUGCUUGAGUUGUCAGUACGCUGUGUUGGGUCUGUCGCAGAUGUCCGCUCACAAGUAUCGGCACAUGGAGUGAAACUGACCGAUGGCUGAGGCAAGCUGGCUUUUUACCAUACCAAAAGAUGUUCCUUAUGUGAAAUGACACUUCGGUUUGAGUUUGAAGAGGAAAUUUUAAGUACUGUAAAAAAAUGUGUUGUCUUUCAUUUAAAAUCCAAUGACUUGAUGCUUGGAAUAUAGAAACAAACACCAAAUCUGUAGCUUUAUCUGUUAAUUGUGUUUGUUAAACUGAAGAAACAACAAUGAGUGAUUGGUUUCCGUGCUUUAAGCAAGUCUUGCAUUUAUUUUGCCCAGCAAAUACUCUUGACUUGCAGUUUGUGGAACUUGUAAUAUAUUUGUAAUGAUUACUGCAAUGGUAUGGAAACAAUUUUUCUUCUGUAAUUGAGUGAUUUUGUUAUGCUACAAGAAAUUUCCUUAAAUUGCAUAAUAGUCAUUCAAAUUCAUAAAAUAUAUUAGUGAUAAUGAAAUGUAGUGUUGAUGUUACAAUAUACAUUUCUUUAAUACUGCUUAAAUUAUGUUAAGGGAAGUCUAAACAUUUUGCAGUAUUGUAUUAUUUUACAGAUAAGCAGAAAUAAAUUAUUCAAGCCCCCUGUUACAUAAAAUAAUGGUGUAAUUUAUGUUGUUUGUUUAAGAGUAGGCAUAGUUUGAUUGGAUUUGGUACCAGCAAAAAUUUUCAAUUGGUGAAUGUUUCUUUUUUAAUAUCAUUGGAACUACAAGUUCAUUUACUGGUUUUCAUUUUGAGAGGAAAAAUUAUAUGUAAUAAAUAUGUAACUUAAAAUCACUUUUAAUAGUUGGAUCAUGAAUACAAGUGAGAGCAGGUAUUUGGAUAUACGAAAGCUUCGAUAUACAUGUAUAUUAAUUAAUUUGAACCCUUAAUGCUGUGUGUAUAUAAAAAUGUAUAAACAAAAUGUUUGUUUCUGUAGAAGUGUUUCGUUUCGACAUGCACUAAUUUUCAAGCCUUCGAUGGGAUAUAUUUAGGGAAAUUCAUGAUAUCAUUCAGCUAAGUACAUUUCAAUUCAUGUGCUCAAAAAUUAAUCUCAACCUUUUGAAAGAAAUAUAUCGUGGUUAUUUUUUCUAUAGAUUUUGAUUAGGUAAAUCAAACUGUCAAAUUCAGGUGUGUAUUUUACCAAGAAUACUUCACAUGUUGUGGUUAAAAUAAACUUCAAUUAUACUUUCGUUUCUAUGCAUAUGCAAAUUUUGGAUUGACUUGCCAGUAUUUCAGUGUAAUGAGUACAAUAAAAUUUCUGUAGAAAAUUUUUUAAAGGUGCUAUGCAGAGUUUAUUUAGUAUAAUUAGUGAUCUAAGCAGCUAACUUACCUCAUUAUUUAACUAGAGAACAUCAAGUAUUUUAAGUACUGUGAUUAUCAAAGAAUUAAGUAUAGUUCAAAGAAAUCAUAUAACGUAGAUUACAAGUAGCAUGUAAUACCAGCAGUGCAGUAGUUGUAUCACUGCAAUAAUAUUUCCCUUUCUUUUAUUUAUGUAAUUAAUUUGUUCUUAAAUGCAGUAAAGUGUUAUAAAGUAUUACUUUAAAACAGUAUUUAUUGGUGGACAAAAUACAUUAAUAAUGUUGAAAUCAUGCAAGGAAUGUGUGUGGAUAGUCAGGUUGAGAAAAUAUAAAAAAAUGUUGUUGUUUAAUAAUGAAACCAAAUAGUUUUUACAGGUAAAAAGACAGAAUUAUUUUAUUUUUAAUUUCAUGAAAGUAUUGAUCAUUUUUACAUCUGCUACCUGUGAGAAAGCUUUGAUUAUUGAUUUCAUCAGCAUAGUUCCGUUUGUAAAUGUGUUAUGUUUAUCAAAAUAUACAUUUAAAUAGGUAGUAAUCUAAUUAUCUCUUUAAAAUCAUACUUCAUCAGUACAGACUCAAUAACAUAUAACAUGAAGAAAUUAGAAAAAAAAUUUUUAACUGUAUUAAUGUAAAUUAAACUGUAGGAGUGAAAGACAUUAAAAAAAAUCAGUCUUAGUAAAAUAUGGCAUUGUAUUAAACAUGGUAAGCCUAAGUCCCUGGCAUAGAACAUUUAGAAUAAACAGAGCAGCUGAUAUCAUCCUAAGUCUUCUCCAUUCUUAUAGUUUUGUGUAAACAAAAUUGAGUGAAUGAUAGUUUGUUAUUCUGACAGAAAAUUGAAUGACAUGGGUGAAACUGUGGAGAUGAUGUUCAAAGAAACAUUUUCCCAUUAGUUUCUGCAACAUUCUACCUAUAAAUAAACAAACAAUUGCAUGUCUUUUACUAAGCAUAAGGCAUGAGGUAAAAUACCAAGGUCAUAGCUUCAAGCAACUGUUAAAAUUAAUAUGCUAAGUUGAUAGAUCAAGCAUCCUUGCUUAUAGUGGCCAGCCUAUAAAGAAUUUACAUUACAAAGUCUAUGUAAGGUGCAUGUCAUUAGCUGAAAUAUUGGCAAGUUCAUUUAUCAAGACCAGGUGAAGUUGUUAAAAUCUGAUUAAUUGAAUACUAAUAUGCAAGUCACAUAUAAGAUUUUUAUAAGUUCUCUAUACUAAUUUUAGUAACACUCUGUCCCACAUUAUAAAAUAUUUUUAAAUUGUUACCAAUGUUUGAAACCAAUUUAUAUGCAUUACUAGAAAGAGAGUUUAUUGUAGUUCAUAGUUUCAUAAAUUUACAGUUUCUGUUUGAUUGUAAAUCAUUUUUAAAAUUUAGCAUUAAUUAACAAUUUACGAUGACCCCAAAUAAAAUGUUUUCUUAAAUUAUUGGUGUACAAAUAAUUUUUUCUUAGUUUACUGCUGCACAAUUAUAUGGCGAAAAAAAAUAAAACUAUACAAUUUAAAUUCUGGUUGUACACAUCAAAAUAUAGAAUUCUUAACAAUAUCGAUAACUAUUUAAAAUUUCAUGAGAGUCAAAUAAACUUGUUUAAAUAAGCUUGAAUGCUAUUACAUUGAAAUUUAUGAAACAAUUACUAUUGUAGUGCAAUGACAUAACACUAAGUAUCUCUUUGAUUAUUCGUUAAAAAUGGGCGUAGCCCAUAUUAUUGUAAACUAGUGUGGUACAUUUAUAAUGCCAUGUAGGGUUAAUUAGAGCAUCACAUAAAUGGUUAGAACAUAAUGCAUUCGUAUCAAAUGAGUGUUUCCUAAAGAUAUGUUUACAAAUCUUUACUUAUAAUUUACAAAAAAAAAAUAUUUUAUUACUUAACACUGUUGGUAUGUGACAGUUCUUCAAAAUAUAACAUACAUUGGAUGUGCUAUUUUUUUAUUUUUUUAAAUGUGGUUCAAUUUAGCUAUACUGUAAUAAUUGGUUUUUAUAAAUAGCAUUAUCACAGUCAUAAUGUAGUUGAGUCACUUACAUUUGUGCCUUUAGGAGCAGGUUUUGUAGAAGUUGAAAAUUUAAAUCAAGUUUGUGUUACUUUUUUUUUCACUGUGUAGAUUCGUGCCUUAUGACAAUGUUGUUUCACGUAAUUGGAUAGUGCUUGAAAACUACUGUACAGGUACCUCAAUCAGAGUAUGUAGUAGUUUUUUUGCUGAUGAGUAUUGGCCAUUUUAGUUUUACGUACAGCUAAAUGGUGUAGGUAAUACAGUUUUUUUUUAGUACAGAAUUAGGUUUUUGCUGUUUUAAAAGUUUUUAAAAAAAAAUUGAAAUGAUUUUACUUUAAAAAGUAUGAAGUUAACAUAAAAUUGCAUGUGGUACAAUGUCAUUACAUUAAAGUACUCUGCUUCAGAAAUUAUAAUUUUUAAUGUUUAAUAUCCAUUCUAUAUUGUUUGAAUACAGUGUUGAGUUAGAUUGAUAAAUAGGCCAAGCGUUUAAGAGGAAACUAUGGAUGUAAAUUAUUUCACAUGUAACGUAUAAAAAAAAGUUAAUUUGGUGUAAAUCAUGUUGUUGUGUACGUGCAUUGUCACUUCAUUGAAUCAAUAAACUGCUUACUUACUGCCUAGAGUAUGGACAACGGCUUACUAUAAAUGUGGGCCAUUGGGAAGGCUCUAAAUCUAGACACUGUUUUGGCCAUAAAUAUGGUUCCUUGAUAACAUAUCUAGAAUUCACUUCUAAUCAUAACUUAAUAUCUUACAGAAUUAGUGGGCAACAAGUAAAAUUUUUCAGUGACACUUCUGAAAAAGGUUUUUAACUGUUAUAUUUAUGUUGACAUAAAAAUCUUCAUGAUUAACAUUUUUUUUUUUUUUUUUAAUGAUUAGCUCUGUAAUUAGUUUUUGGACCUCAAUAUUCAGUUUGGUGUGAUGACUCCAUUUAACUCAGCUAUCUAAUUAAUAUACAAUGAAAGAUGAUGUCGAACUUUCGCAAUCUUGGCCUCCGGGUCGAAGCCACAUCAUGGUGUUGGAGUGAUACAGCAUUUCGCUAUGCAUUGCAGUCAGCAUCAUUAGGGUGGAAAUUAAGUGAUGUCUUUAAUUCUCACCCUGAUAUUGCUAAAUGCAAGGAUCAUCAAAAGUUGGAUAACUCAAACACCAUGACAUAGCUUCAAGUAGAAAAUCAAGACUUUCAUCUAAUACACAAUAAUAGUAGGGAAAAUAAAUCUUGGAAAAUUUUAUUUUCUGCGAUUCAAUAUCAUUGAAACAAAAAAAAAAAAAAAUUCAUUAAUUUUGAAACAGUAAAAAAAUAUAUACUGCGAUAUUCAUGCAUGCUAGAUUUUUCUCUCUUUUUUUAAAUUUAUUUAGUUAAAAAAAAUUGCAGUUUUAUCAAUACCAGCAUUUUAAUUAUGUGGUUCUUGCUAUUACUACAGUAUUUUUUAACAUUUUACAUUUUCAUCAAUUAUUUAAUCAGCUAUUUUGGUGAAAUUUAAAUUUUCUAAAGGACAUAAAAAGUAGCUCUUAGAAAAUUUUUUCUAAAACAGUUUUGCACUUCUUCAUUGUAUUGUACACUAACUGUAGCAAUGCUUGGAAUAUCUAUGUAACAAUUUUCCAUCCUUAUGCACUACGGAGUACAAUUUUGACAAAACAUUUGCAGUUUUAUUGUUCAUGCUUAAAUUUAAAAACUCCACAAUGGAAUGUUAGUUUUAAAAAUGAAUGUUACUUUACUGUGAAUAGUUUUAAAUUUGUAUUUUGUUAUUUACAUAAAGUAAGCAAAUCAAACAAGCAGAAAAUAAGUUUUAAACACUGUAAAAGUUGUAUUGUUGAUAUGUGUUGUGAUAAAUUUCCCUGUGUUAGUCACCAUAUUGUGCCAUGCAAAGGCAUGUACGUAUUACAGAAAUAGGUAAUUUAAUCAAAUUUAUCACUAUGUAAAAGGGGGCAAAUUGCACUGAUGUAGAUCUAUUGAUAUAUUUGUGUGUUGUAGUAAAUAGAGAAAUUAGCACCUAUAAAAUUAUUUUAAUAAUAUUAAUUACAGAGGUAAAAUAUAUUUUGAAUUUUUGAGUGUUGGCAGAAAUUUUGAAAUUCGAUUGAAUCCAAAUUUAUAUAAGUAAUUUUUAGUGAUUCAAAAUGUAGUACAAAUAUGAAGUAAUAUGUUUUAUAGUAAUUUAUACUAAAUUUUGAUAGCAAUAUAUUUAUCUUUCCCAGUUAAACGCACCAUCUCUUGUUAAUGAGUGAAAAAAAAAAAGGCUAAUGUUGACUCAAAAAUUUUAGUGCCUUAAAUUUGUUUCACUAAAGUAUUAAGUACAAGAAAUAAUAUCAAAUAGGGACGUAGUCUGAAUUGAAAUUAUACUUGUUUAGAUCAAAAUUGCUUAUAAUCUGAUCUUAAAUUGUAGCUGGUAUGUUAAAUUGAAAGUACACUGAAAAUCACUUAAGCUACAAUAAAAGCUUAUGGCAUGAAAUUAUUUUUUUUCAUUCACAUACUAAAAACAUUUUCCAGUUAUAACCAGUGGGAAAAAUUACGUAAGUGUGGAAAGGGAAGCUUAAUAGUUAACUAAUUAACUAUGGAAAUAUUUUGCCUAUAUUUAUACGUAUAAAAAGAAAGUAUCAUUCCACCUCAAACAAUUAAAAAGACAAUAACAUGAGUAAUCUAACUUUUAUAGUCCUCUUCAUUUACCAGCUAAUAUUUAGCUGUGUAUUAUAUGAGAUAUGUUUAGUACUCGAAAGAAACAUAUCAUGAUAUUUAUUGAAAGUGUUUGAUAAGUAAUGGAAAUUUUUAGGUCAUGUAGCAUAUAACACAUACAUACCUGCAUAACUUUUCCAAUGGCAAAUUGUGUUUUUCUUUAUCUUAUUGAUUAAAUUAUAUUUAAAAUAGCAAGAUUAUAUGUUUAGAUGCAUUCCAAAGUAUUAUGUUUGUUAAAUGUCAAACAAUUAAAAUCUGGAAAACUGCAAAAAAUUUGCAGAGGCUUUUUUUUUAUCAAAUGUAAUUAUGCCUAUGAAAUUUGAGAUUUGAAAAAUAACAUUAAUUUUAGUGUGUGCCAUAUACUUUUAAGCAAGAUUACAAUGUGCAGAGAUAUAAGAUAUUUGUCUUAUUAGUUCUAUAAGGAAGGUAAAUUACCUACAAUGUAUACAAAAAACUAGUCUGCACUUAUUAUUGCUGUUAUAAUAAUUGUUUAAUAAGUGAAUAUUCUGAAAACAACUGAAUCUGUAAAAUAAAUAUUGUACAAAAAUAAAAUAAUUCUUUCAUGUUCACGAAAGAGAUAAAGAAUGUAUUUAUUGUUUCUAACAAAGGAUUUUUCUAUUUGUUUUCAUUCCAGCCAAAUUUUAUUUGAUAUUUCAAAUACAAAUAAUUGUAUUGCACAGAAGUAUCUUUCCUGAAAAGUUAAAAUAUAUUUUGUUGUAAUUAUUUUUCACCUCCUAUUUUAAAGUAUCGAAUUAUUUAAUCUCUUUUUAGUGCAAGAUGACAUGAGCGAAAUAAAUCAUUUUAGGGUAAAUUCAUUGUUUUUAUUAAAAUAACUAACUUCUGACUAUUUGACAUAUAGAAACUCCCAAUGUACUUAUUUUAUCCUCACAUCACUUCCAAUUACAAACAGAGUUGGCCUACGCUGCUGGCCAUGACAAUCACAUCAAGACCAACGUGAGCUAACAUAACCUAUAUUGGGUGAAGUUCUCAUCAUACACAGAUCACACAAUUACAUUUGCAGCUCUGUAUGAUUACUACUACAUGGCUUCACCAUGGACUGCAAAACCUGCUGCUACACGAAGCUUCGUUGCGAGAAAAAGACUUUGGAUGUCAUGCUGCUUUGACGUGAGCCCACACGUGUGGCAGGCCGGUUGCGUCAGACCCCGGACCGUAUGUGUUUGAUCGGCGAGAGAUCUGGUGUCUGGUGUACGCACAAGCCAAGGAAUCUGGUAUGAGCACCGCAAUUUUUUUUUUGGUGGUGGAUGAACAUGAAAUUUUUAUCAAUCUUUCAAGUUCACAGUUAUCCUGCAACAUUUAUGUCAAAUUAUGGCAUAUCUGUGAUGAGUUACUUUCAACGUGGUCAGCUUAACAAUAUUGUU